AUGCGCUCCGAGCCUACACACCACGCUGCUGCUUCUGCUCUGGCAGCAGCAAUGAUCGCCGAGCUGAGAACAGAUGAAACAUUCCUAUCCCUACACGUGCAGAAUGUAUCUCUCUGCAAUGCGUUACAAAGCCUGUUAAUGGAGUACUCGAUCAGCUGUUCUUCGUGUAUAUUGCAAUAUGUGCUGGACCUUCCCCCCGGACUCGACCUCCAUCGAUUAAAGGCCGCUUGGAAUUGCGUGGUUGCAUCUUGUGAGAUCCUACGUACCAGGAUAUUCAGUACCGUCAAAGGCGCCAUCCAGACUGUUGUGGAAGAAAGUUCGUCUUGGGAUUGUGACAACUCUCUGCAAGCAUAUCUGAGCAGGGACCUCAAAAUACCCAUGGGCUACGGUUCGCCACUCUCGCGCUGGGGCAUCAUUGGAGAGCAGAAGGGAGCCACCGAGCGGUUUAUGGUUCUGAGUCUUCAUCAGUCCAUUCAUGACGACCGAACUGUGACUGUGCUCCUUGAACGACUAUGUCGGGAAUACGAGGCCUUAGGUGAGGGUGGAGGGGGUUCAGGGCGUCACGUUCCACAAAUCUCUCUCGAUGGCUCUGUUCAGCUACCGACGGCAGAUCAGGAUGCGAAAAACGAAUCGAUCCCUGCCUGGUGGAAGGCAGAAGCAGUGCGCGACUCUCUCACUGGUGUGGACUGGAUUUCACAGCAAGUUUGCGCAUCUUCUGUCGUCGAGCACGAAGCGAUGAUCCUGGGGCUGAACAUGUCAACUCCCCAUCUUUCACAAGUGCUAUAUUCAGCAUGGGCUAUCACUAUCAGCACAUAUGCUCAAGCUUCGGAUGUGACAUUUGGAACUGUUGUCUUUCACCGUGAUCAAAGCACCUAUGAUGGCGUGAGCGCUGAAUCCACAUCCCCAGAGAUUGCCUUGCUGCCAGUACGCAUUUCAGUUGAGCAAGCAGACACGACAAUGCAACUCCUAGAUCAAGUUAGCAAGAUUGACUAUAGUCGCGAAAGUGCCGAGAUGCCCUGGACAGGGCCACUUGCUAGCCUGCUCUGUAUUCGAGACCCAGUUCCGAAGGCCUUUCGGUGUGGUGACCAAAUCCUUAGUCUAUUUCGCCCGACGACACGCAAAUACCCAUGUCCGCUGACCCUGGAAUGUCACGGCGGACAAUACCUACGAGUUGUGGGACAUUUUGAUGAGUCCAUCUUCACCACUCAGCGUGUGCGAUGUCUACUGCAACAGUUUGUCCAUGUUGUGCGGCAACUGUCAAUUUCCUCCCACUCGCCGAGGGUCCAGGACGUAGAAGUCCUGAGUCCCGAGGAUAAGCAGCAGAUUUGGGCAUGGAAUGGUCGGCCUAUUCCAUCCGUCAACCGUUGUCUCCACCAUGUCUUCGAGGAGGUUGCAGCGAGGCAUCCCAGUCGCAUAGCAGUCAAUGCAUGGGAUGGUGUACUCACCUACCAGCAGCUCGAUGAGCAGUCAACUCGUCUCGCCCAUCAAUUACAGAAAAUCGGCGUCGGGCCUGAGAUUAUAGUUGCUUUAUACCUUGAUAAGUCCAAGCAGGUUCCAGUCUCCAUCCUCGGGGUUCAAAAGGCCGGCGGCGCCUGCCUCACCUUCGACACUCAACAGCCUGUGAGCAGGUUAAGGUCAAUUCUCAGCGAUGGUAGAAUUGCCAUUAUGCUCACUGAUAGAUCACAUGUGUCACUGUGUGAAAGCUUGGUCCCCCGUGUUAUAUGUGUGGAUGAACCGGCGCUGAAAUCUCUUCCACAACCUCUCACCCUAAGCGAGGGUGCGCUGAGAACUGGGAAAGUUCAGCCCUUCAACAGGGCUUUUGUUUUGUAUACGUCUGGAAGCACAGGGACUCCCAAGGGAAUUGACGUGCCCCACUCGGCGAUGUGUACUUCAACCUUGGCCUUCGCACAAGCCUUCAAUGUCUCAUCGGACUCGCGGAUAUUCCAGUAUUCCAGCUAUGGUUUUGAUGCCAGUGCUGGGGAUAUGUUCCUUGCCGUGCUUCAUGGCGCGUGCCUCUGUAUACCCUCGGAAUAUGACCGAGUGAACCAGCUAGAGCACUCCAUUUGCCACUUGAAGGCUAACUGGUUAUGCACAACACCUUCUGUCUUGGGGCUUCUAGACCCCGACAAUGUCCCUUGCCUGGAGACGCUGGCCAUUGGAGGUGAAGCUCUGCCGAAGAACAUCACUCUUCAAUGGGCACCACGACUUCGAUUUCACACCGGUUAUGGGCCAAGCGAAACAGGGGUCCUGGCAUCUGUGCUCGAAGUUCAGAAUAACCAGCAUCCAUACUCCAAUGUCGGACGUGCCAUGGCUUGUCAUCAUUGGAUUGUCUCCUCGGAUGACUGCAAUCGUUUGGCACCACUGGGGUGUCCCGGGGAGUUGGUCAUUGAAGGCCCCACGGUUUCUCGGGGGUAUCUGAAUCGCCCUGAGCUCACAGCACGCGCCUUCCCCCGCCAGCCAGCUUGGUUUGACCGUCAAGUAGGCCGACUUCCAUCUCGCUUUUACCGGACGGGUGACAUUGCCAGGCACAAUGACGAUGGGACGCUCACCUUUCUAGGUCGUCGGGAUGCUCAAAUCAAAUAUCAUGGUCAGAGAAUUGAGCCCGGCGAUAUCGAGUUCAGCAUCAACCAACAUGAGCUGGUCAGGGAAGCGGUGGUGCUGUAUCCAUCAGAUGGCCCAUAUGCUGGCAGACUUACGGCGGUUGUCGCACUGGAUAAGGACUUCUUGUCGUCUCCCUCAUCUGAUGAGGCUCCGCUUCUCAUCGAUCCAGGGAUGCUACAGCGCCAACUUGAAAAUGUUCGGACAUCCACGCAAACGGAGCUUCCUCCCUAUAUGUGGCCAACGGAGUGGCUUCUCAUGUCGAGGCCAUCUUUGAACAUGAAUGGUAAACUUAAUAGGAAGGAGAUCUUGAACAGCGUGAAGAAGAUGACGCAGGAGGUCUCCCAGACCAAGCAGCCGCCUCCAGACGCUUCACGCCCGCUGACUCUUUCCCAGAGCCCCUUUAUUGACGAGUCCGAGCAUUUAAGCCAGGGUCAGCAGGUGCUCCUGAUGCAAUGUAGUGCUAUCUUGCAACUUCACCGUUCUCAGGUCCCAAUGGAAUCCACAUUUGUUAGCCUUGGGGGCGACUCGCUCACGGCAAUUCAACUAGUCACAGCCUGUCGGAAGAAGGGCGUCGAAAUCGAUGUCCGAGAUAUUCUCAGGGGUGUUAGGCUGAAGGACGUUCCCUAUAGCGCACCUGGGCUUUCAAGGGCGGUUUCACUCGCACCGCAGCAGCCUGGGCCCCAUGCAGAAAACUGCACACAAGGAAUUGACAUGUUCGAUGCAUUCGGUCUUAGCCCCCAGAGUGUCUCCAGCAUCAGUGGCAUUCCAAGUCAUGAUAUACAGGCCAUCUACCCUUGCCUGUCCAUGCAACAGGGUAUUCUCACGAGUCGGUCUCGCGACCAGACUUUAUAUCAGACAGCACACGUAUUUGAGAUUACGGGUCGUGCAAAUCAGGAAGCUAUGUGGGAUAUGCAGACGAUCAUAUCCGCCUGGCGCAUGGUUAUCGAGAGGCAUGAUGCGCUCAGAGCUGUCUUCUUGGAGUUGCCAACUCACACAGAGCAUUUUGCUCAGGUCAUUCUACGCCAUCCAGUGGUCCAAGUUACACAGCAUUCCAGCAAACACGAGAUACUAAGCUUGUCAGAGGAACCAUUUCCUGACUUCAAACCGCCGCAUAGGCUUCGCUUAGCACCCGCUGGGAAAGAUGCCUUUGUCUGUAAAUUGGAAAUGAGCCAUGCAAUAACAGAUGGCAGCUCGAUGGAUCUGAUAUUCCGGGAUCUUGUCCGAGUCUGUGCUGCGUCAAAUCCUCUUCCAGAAGCUGUUUCCAAUACAAGCUAUGGUGACUAUAUCCGCUAUCUUCGCAACCAGGAUAGGGAUGCUGGCUUGGAAUACUGGAUGAAGUAUCUUCAGAGAACAGAAACCUGCCACCUUAAAUUGCCGACAUCGAACCACCCCUCUGCGCCCCCGAAACUGCAAUCGUACAGCAUUGAUAUUCCAUUGGAGCAGUCAAUCCUGGUCGAGUUGAGGCGGCGGAGCCUGACUAUUGCAGAUCUUCUCCAGCUGACUUGGGCAACUGUCCUGAGAUUAUAUACCGACCAACGCGAAGCAUGCUUUGGAUAUAUAUCCUCGGGCAGAGCAGUGCCAGUGGAUGGCAUUCGUGACGCCGUGGGGCCAUUCAUCAACCUGCUAACCUGCCGACUGGCUGUUGAUUAUGAGCAAACUCCUGCUCAGCUAAUGUUGACACAGAAAGAUGAUUUUAUCUCAAGCAUCCCCCAUCAACACGUCUCCUUGGGAGAUAUCUGGCAUGCCGUCGGCAUAUCUGGAGUGGGCCCCUUCAACACCCUGAUAUCCAUCCUCAAUGCAACAGGCCCAGAACUCGGCAUUGAGACGAAGAUGACUUUGAAGAGCUUGGAGGUCUAUGACCCCACUGAGUACGAAUUGACGGUGACAUCGUAUCUUUCUCCGGGGCUUGCAACAGUGCGCUUCGACUACUGGAGUGACAAGGCCUCCAGUGAUUCAAUAAAUAGACUCGCGCACACAUUUCGCCACGUCUUUCAGACGGCCGGCUCCACGCUCGAUUCACCACUCAAGUCAUUGUGCUUGAUUAGCGACAUGGAUUUUCGACAGAUCGUUGACUGGAACAGCAACACUCCCCUGGCCGUGGAGAAAUGUAUUCACGAGGUCAUAUCUUCACGUUCUUCAACAGCGCCGCAAAGUCCAGCCUUGUGUUCCUGGGAUGGGGAGCUAACCUAUAGGGAAAUGGACGCCAUUUCGGACACGGUUGCCCAGUCUCUUAGAAGUAUGGGUGUGCGAGAAGAGGUCGCAGUUCCUCUAUGCUUCCACAAGUCUUUCUGGGCCGUUGUGGCAAUGAUCGCUGUUCUCAAAGCAGGGGGUGCAAUUGUUCCCCUUGAUCCAUCCCAUCCCAUCUCGCGACGUUUGGAGAUAUGUCGUCAGGUCAAGGCGCAAAUGAUUCUGGUUCCAAGUGACGGCAGUAUACAAGCAGAGUGGUCUGAGUCACAGCUACGCAUGGUGGAGAUCUCACAUCUCCGGUAUCAACAACUACUGACAGAGAAGCCCACUGGGGCAGGAUGUCUUCAGAUUGGAAAUAUUUCUCGGAGUUCGCCAGCCCACAGCGCAUACAUUGUCUUCACCUCGGGUACUACAGGCGUCCCCAAGGGCAUCGUCACGGAGCAUGGUGCAUUCUGCUCCGGUGUGGCAGCUCGAGCGAAGGCGAUUAUGCGGUCCUCCAAGACUCGAACUCUCCAAUUCGCCUCUUUUGCCUUUGACACCUGUUUAGAAGAUAUCUUGACCACACUCAUGCAAGGCGGAUGCGUCUGUCUCCCCUCGGAGCAAGAGCGUCUGAGUGACCUUCCAGGAGCGAUACGGCGAAUGAAUGUGAAUACGGCGGAACUCACUCCCUCGGUGGCCAGGCUGCUCCAACCCAAGGAUGUUCCAUCGUUAGAAACAUUGAUCUUGGGCGGAGAACAGGUGACAGCAGACAUCAUCAUGCAAUGGUCUGAGGCUGUCACCUUGAUCAAUUCUUAUGGACCGGCGGAGUGCUCCGUGACCAGUGUGGUCUCUCCUCCCUAUGAGCUGGAGGCAAAAGAUCGCCAUGCGAGCAACAUCGGACUCGGGGUUGGAGCAUUGACAUGGGUUGUGGACAGCCAAAAUCCCAACCAGCUAGUUCCGAUAGGUGCUGUGGGCGAGCUGCUGCUUGAAGGACCAGUUCUGGCCAGGGGCUAUCACGAUAGGCAGGAUCUGACCGAUGCCAAUUUCAUCACCGAUCCUGCAUGUUUAAGGCAGUCGCAGCCGCGUUUUCCCCGACGAUUCUAUAGAACGGGGGACCUGGUGCAGUAUGCUCCGGACGGAUCCCUGAUUUGCCUUGGGCGCCGAGACGAUCAGAUCAAACUUCACGGUCAGCGCAUCGAACUGGAUGAGGUCGACUCUUGCCUCCAGUUGCAUUACCCUGGGAGACGACUCAUUGUUGCCUUCUUCUCAAAGUCCCUGCAGCCAUGGCAGACUGAGACUGACUUUAAUAUACUGCCGCUCUCUGGCAGUAUACGCGAGGAAAUCAUCAACCUACAGAAUCAGGUUGCAUCCUCUCUCCCGAUAUACAUGCGACCAAGCCUUUAUAUCCCUGCGAGCAGGAUUCCAACCAACACCGCUGGCAAAAAGGACCGCGCCACUUUGGCCAAGGCAGUACAGACGCUGACGGAGUCGCAAUACCUGGACUACUCGCUCACCUCUGCAUCAGGCCAUCAUCAGCCUGAGACGCCUGAGCAGCGCAUGCUUCAAUCGCUAUGGUCUCAGCUGCUCAAACUCCCGCCCCAGCGAAUUGGGAUACAUGAUGACUUUUUUCAGAUUGGGGGCGAUUCUAUCCUGGCGAUGAAGCUGUCCUCUCUGGUUGGAAAGCGUGAAACUGUGCUCAGUGUUGCGGAUGUCUUCCGUUAUCCCACACUACGCGAGAUGGCAGCCAGACUUACCGGGACAUCGCACUCUCAUCCGCUGCCUGCUUUAUCAAAACUAGUGGAUCGAGAUCCCACCCCUUUCUCGCUGCUGCCAUGUAGUUGGCCUGACGAGGCUCUUGAGGAGGAAAUCGCCACCGCCUGCCAGGUUCCCAGAGACAAUAUCGAAGAUGUUUAUCCUUGCUCAGCGGUCCAGGAAGGCCUGAUGGCAUUGUCAAUGCGGCAGAAAGAUGCUUAUACUGCUCGUCUGGUUUAUAGCAUAUCCCCCGGCACAUCUCUGGCGCGUCUGCAGUACGCAUGGCAGCUGGUGGCCUCUAGGCACUCACUAUUGAGGACACGAAUCAUGCUUUCUCGCCGAUUUGGGACACUUCAAGUUGUCCUGCGAGCAGAUGACGCUGGCAAAGACACGGUUGCAUGGAAGAAUACUCAUUGUAGUGACUUGCAGUCGUUCCUCGAGGAGGACAAAGGGGUUCCGAUGACAUAUGGCUCAACCCUGUCGCGAUGUGCCAUUGUGACCACACCAGACCAAGCCAAGUUCUUUGUUUGGACAGUUCAUCACGCCCUGUACGAUGGCUGGCUGCUUCCUACCAUAAUUCGAAGAGCAGCAGAAGCGUAUCUUGCCGAAGAAAGUGCAGCUGCAUGGUCCAUCAUCCCCUUCCGUUGCUUUAUUGCAUAUCUCGAGACCAGAGACCGGUCCGCCUCGGAGGGCUACUGGACUAAUCAGUUAGAUGGUUUUAGACAGGUGGAGUUUCCUGCACGGAAUAUGGGAUCUAAGAAGGAACGCCGUGAUAUGUCAAAGGUAUACCAUCGUAUACGUCUCGGGAGACGCCCGAGUCGCCGGUUCACUACUGCAAUCAUCCUUCGCGCCGCCUGGGCCUUUUUGAUAAGCAAAUACUCCGAGUCCGAUGAUGUCAGCUUCGGAGUUACUUUAAGCGGACGAACAGCUCCAGUGGAAGGAAUUGCCAGCAUAGCGGGGCCUACAUUGACGACGGUUCCAGUCCGUGUUCGGAUCGACAGUGAGCAAUCUGUGGUGGAAUUCCUUCGGAAUAUGCAAUCUCAGGCCACGGAGAUGAUGCCACAUGAGCAUACUGGCCUUCAGAGGAUUCGGAAGCUAAGCCAAGGCUGUCUGGAGGCAUGCGACUUUCAGAACCUGCUCGUGAUACAGCCAGCGGACGAGAAGACCGAGUCGACCGCAGAACACAGUGUUUUCGGGCUGCCGGUUGACGAGGCUGCCGCCAAUUCCCAUUUUCACACCUAUCCCCUGGUCUUGUCAUGCACAUUUUCUGAACAUGAGGUGGACCUUGAAGUCAUCUGCGAUCCCACAACCAUCUCACCGGUGCAGGCCGAGCGCCUGGCGCUCCACUUCGAUGCCAUAUUCCAGACCUUUUGGUUGUUCGACGAAGGCGUAACGGUUGGGCAGGUAGAGAUGAUCACCAGGCAGGACCGAGAGCAGAUUCAGACGUGGAACAAGGAGCAGCCGCAGCCCCAGCCUCGCCUGGUGCAUGAGGUGAUCGAAGAGCAGGUGCUUCUCCAUCCAGAUUCCGAAGCCGUGUAUGCAUGGGAUGGCUCUCUCACAUACCGUGAUCUUCAUCGAUACUCCUCCCAAUUAGCACGGACGUUGCAGAUGGAGUAUCACGUUGGACCCGAGCGGCUGGUACCAGUACUUUUUGAGAAAUCGGUCUGGGCAGUAGUGGCCAUGUUGGGAGUCAUGAUGGCCGGGGGUGGGUUUGUUCCUCUGGAUGUCUCCCAUCCGCUAGACCGAAUGAACGACAUUGUUGCGCAGUGCAACGCGGACUUGGCUCUAGUCUCGUCAGAAACCUCGGGGACCCCUCUGUGUACGGCUUCUAAACUGAUAGUUUCAGAGAACAUGUUCCGAGGCCUGGACGCUGGAGGACAUGAGACUGACCCAUAUAGCACCAAAAUCCCCGACGUCAGGCCGGCUCAUUACUUUCCCGGCCUACAGCCACAAUUCCUAGACACAUCCAAGCAAGAGCCCGGAGACCAGACAUCCGAACGUACAGCCUCACCUCGAGACUCAUCGCCACGCACGCCGGUCUCGUUCUCUUGGCACUCGGCAGGACCGGAGACGUCACUUGCCUUCGAUAUGUUGACUCCCGGAAGCAAUAUAUCGGAAAGGGCAGCUCAACCGGACGACAGCGAUCUGACUGAAAGUGAUCGUGUCCAGCCACAGAACGUCGUUUAUGUCAUCUUUACCUCCGGCAGUACUGGAAAACCAAAGGGUGUGGUCAUCCAACACGAUCAAUUCUGCUCGGGCGUGUUAGGGCCCCGGCAAGAAGCCCUUCUCCGCUCGGAGCAGAGUCGAGUGCUUCAAUUUGCGUCCUUCAGCUUUGAUACCAGCUUGGAGGAUAUUAUCACCACUCUGUUCUUUGGUGGAUGCGUCUGCAUUCCUUCGGAGGAUGAUCGCAUGAAUGAUAUUGCCGGGUUCAUCAACAAAUCCAAGGUCAACACCGCCCACAUCACGCCAUCCUUCGCGAAUACCCUUUCACCCCAGUUGGUUCCAGGCCUGAAGUACCUGCGUCUCGGCGGAGAAAGGAUGACGCCGACGCACAUUGAUAAAUGGGCGCCAGCUCUCGAGUUGAGGAAUGUCUACGGUCCCACCGAGACCUGCAUCACGGCCACAUGUAGUGGAACUGUUACCACAGCUUCAGACCCCAUUGAUAUCGGUCGUGGGGUCGCGGCUCUUACUUGGAUCGUGAAUCCGGAUAACCAUCAUCAACUCACCCCCGUCGGCCUAGUGGGAGAACUGCUCGUGGAGGGCCCUCUGUUAGCCCGGGGGUACCUCGGAGAUAUCAACAAAACAAAUGCAUCCUUCAUCACUGAUGCAACAUGGGCACGUACCCCGGAGAAUCCAAAGAGCCCUCGCCGAUUCUACAAGACAGGCGAUCUUGUACGGUACAGCGAGGCAGGAACCCUCCUCUACAUCGGCCGCAAAGACACACAGGUCAAGAUCUAUGGGCAACGGAUCGAAAUAGGCGAGAUUGAGGAUCACCUGAAAAAGGCCCUUCUACCCCAGACGAUUGAGAUGGCCGUGGAGGUGACCAGCCUACAGGCUGAUACUCUCCAGCGCAAAGUUCUCGUUGCAUUCCUCUGUCUAGACGAUUCAUUCAACAAGGAUGGCGCUGUUCUGAUGUCCUUGACGCCAGCCGUGAAGAAACGAGUCCAGGACCUUACCUCUAAACUCGUCCUUUGCCUGUCUAAGACGCUCCCAGCCUAUAUGAUUCCUUCACGCUAUGUGCCUCUCCGCUCCAUGCCACGAACACUGGCUGGCAAGGCAGAUCGGCGUAAGCUGCAGCACCUUCUCAACUCGAUGAGCACCGAAGACCUCUUAGCGUACUCGCUCGAGGGUGGGGAGAAGCAGCCGGUAGAAUCCGAAACCGAGUUCCAGCUCCAGAAACUCUGGGCCGAAGUUCUGAGCGUUGAUACGAUGAUGAUCGGGAGCCACGACAGCUUUUUCCGUCUUGGGGGCGACUCAAUCACGGCCAUAAGGCUUGCGGCCGCGCUCCGUGAUGAAGGUAUGUUUCUGACUGUUGGAGACAUUUUCAAUCACCCCGAAUUACGCCACAUGGCCGCCCAGAUUGAUGCUCAGGACCAGGGCACAAAGCCAGUGCCAGGAGCAACGCCAGGGACCCACGAGGAUCUGCAUGCAUUUGGACUUCUGGCCCCCUCGCCGACUUUGCUAUUCGAUCUGUCAAAAGUCUGGGAUAUUCCAGAGGACACGGUUCAGGAUGUCUACCCCUGCACUCCCCUCCAGAUUGAACUGCUAGCUGCUGAAGGGCGCCACAGUCAAUCAACUUACGGCUCACAGGCUGCCUAUGACCUACCGCUAGAUAUUGACCUGGAUCGCUUCAAACACGCCGUCGAGACUGUUUUUCGCCAAAACGAUAUCCUGCGAACCCGAAUUGUCUAUCUCGAGCCUCAUGGCACCGUGCAAGUGGUCACAAAAGACGGAGGACUACGAUGGGAGUACGAAGAUGGGAUUGACCAGGUUCUCACGCAAGGGUUUUCGUUUGGCCUGGGCACCUCGUUGGUCCGGGUCGCCCUGUGCCCCAAUAGUCAUGAAUCCGCGGGAUGGACCUUUGUCUUGACCAUGCAUCAUUCGCUCUAUGACGGCUGGAGUCUCUCUCUUAUCCUCCAGCAAGUCAAUGAGGUGUACCAAUUCGGCUUCCUGUCAUCUGAACGCCCCAGGCCUCGCUUCAGCGACUUUAUCGGUCAUCUGGGAAGCUUGGAUCCAGACCUAAGCAGCCAGUACUGGGCAUCCAUUCUAACCCAGUCUUCUGGCUCCUCUGACCUCCCAUCGCAGAACGGUACCGUCGAGGAGCUAGAUUCUGUAGAGGAAUAUCACUACAACAUGCCGCGUGUCGAGCAGGAAGGCUCGAGGCUUGAAGUGACGCCCGCCAUAGUUCUCCGAGCCGCAUGGGCCCUGGUCAUCACAGCCUAUACUGGGAACAGCGAUGUUCGCUUCGGACUCUCUGUGGCGGGGCGGAAUGUGCCUGUUAAGGACAUUGACCAAAUGGUGGGGCCAACCUUGACCACAAUUCCCUGCCGACUGCAAAUCAAUCAGGACUGGACUGUUGAAGGCUUCCUCAACCAUGUUAAUCAAUCCAUGAUUGCUGCCAUUCCCCACGAGCAUUUUGGGCUUCAGCGAAUCGCAAAGUUGGGAACUGAUUGCUCUCGCUGCUGCGAUUUCGACAGUCUCCUGGUCGUUCAGCCGCAGAUACCGGCGAAGAAGCUGGGAAUCUUCGCCUCUUCCCGGAGCCCGAGCGCCAUAUCUCGAGGCAACGACCAGCCAUAUCCCGUGGUGGUGGAGUGCGACAUGCAGGAGGCAGGAGGAUGGAAGGUGCAUGUCUUCUACCGGAAAGCAUUCAUCUCUGCCUCAUCACUGCAGCGCAUCGUCUACCUUAUGCAGCACUUGGUGGAGCAACUCUACCUAUCCCCUAAUAUGCGUCUUGCCGACCUGUCUCUGGUCAGCCCUACCGACUUGGGCCUCAUUGCUAGCUGGAAUGCUUCUGUUCCUACGCCUGUCGACACCACUAUGAGUGAGAUGCUUUAUACCUCCACGAAGCAGCACGCUGAUCUUCCUGCCAUACAUGCGUGGGACGACGCUCUCACAUACAGUCAGCUUGUGGAGCAGUUCCAGCGGCUCAGUCACUAUUUGCGGCUGUGUGGGGUCCAGCGCGGCUCCUUCGUUCCCGUCGUGAUGCCGAAAUCGGCGCUCUAUAUCAUCAGCGUGCUGGCGGUGAUCUCCGAAGGCGCGGCUUUUGUCCCAAUCGAUGCGACAAGCACUCCCCGAGAUAGGAUGAUGAAGAUACUCGAGCAGUGUAAUGCGACUGUGGUGAUAGCAUCCACCGCGAGUGCGAGCGAUAUUCUCGAAUCAGGACGACUUCGGGUGCUGCGCAUUUCCCAUCAACUUCUGCGUCGCCUGCCAGAUGGACCACCUGCAGGGCUGAGCAGACCCGAGGCCGAUGAUCCUCUCUACUGUGUUUUCACAUCAGGGACGACUGGUUCACCAAAAGGGGUGGUCGUAACGCAUGGGGCGUAUGCCUCUUCGACCGCAGCCAAGCAGAAGGCCUUUGAGCUGGAUGAGACCACCCGUGUCCUGCAAUUUUCUUCCAAUGCGUUCGAUGCCAGCAUUGACGAUAUUUUUAUCUCCCUCCUAAGUGGCAGCUGUCUCUGCGUGCCGUCAGAAGCGGAGCGCCGUGACAGUCUGUCCCAGUUCAUUGUGGACACGCAGGUCAACUAUGCCGCCAUGACUCCCACGGUGGCCCGGACUCUGGAUGUGCAGAAAGUCUCUCAAUGCCUCACCAAACUUCGACUGGGAGGUGAGAAACUGACAAGCGCUGACCUCACGGACUGGGUAGGUGUAGGGGUCAACCUGAAAAGUCUCUACGGACCGACCGAGUCCUGUGUCUGUUGCUCGGCCUCUUCCUCAUUACUCCCUGAAAAGACACAUCCGGCCAAUAUUGGACGGGGUCUGGCAUGUCGCACUUGGAUCGUGGAUGUACACAAUCCCGACCGUCUGGCUCCCAUCGGUGCCGUUGGCGAACUCGUCAUCGAAGGACCAGCACUCGCGAAGGAAUACUUGCACGACCUGGAGAGAACCUCACGGGCAUUCAUCCACCUGCCUCUCUGGCUGCCGAGCAUUGGGGGCAGUUCACCAUCCAAAUCAAAGGGCUACAAGACCGGAGAUACGGUCCGCUAUAGCGAGGAUGGAAGCUUGAUCUACGUUGGGCGCAAGGAUACUCAGGUCAAGCUGAGAGGGAUGCGACUGGAGCUCGAGGAGGUGCAGCACGCGCUGAGAGACCUCAAUCUGCCCGGUGUUCAAGACCUUGUGGUCGAGAUUCUUCCUCAAUCCAUAGCGCCUGACAUUCUGGCGGCAGAUAUCCUGAUGCUUGCCAUCCUUUCAAAUCAACACCGCGGCGAAGAGCAUCAUUUGGAUGCUAUCAGGGCCAAUCUCACAAACCGGCUUCCCGAGUACAUGAUCCCGACGCAUCUCCUGCUCCUCGACAGCCUCCCAACAUCUUCUUCGGGCAAGACAGACCGGUUGGAGGUGCGUCGUCUUGCCGUGGAGCAGCUCCGUCAACAGAAACAGCAGCAGCAGCAGCAGCAAUGCUCGAACCCUGAUGAUAAGGGGAAGAUGGGCUCCCAUGGGGUGGAAGCACCAAUGGAUAUUUUCCGUACCCUGCAAUCCAUAUGGGCCGAUAUCCUGCAACAUGAUCUGUUGUCCAUUGGACCAAAUGCGAACUUUUUCCAGCUGGGGGGUGAUUCUAUUCUAGUAAUGCGCCUGGUGGCGCAUGCCCGAGCUCAUUCCAUUGAUAUCAGUUCUGCAGACGUCCACCAACUUCAGACCUUGUCGGCCAUUGUUGCAAAGGCCAAGUUACGGAUUCUUCCUCGACAUCGGUCCACCUCGCCACCAGAUGACAUUGAUGUUGCUUCUAGUCACACUACGCCGGAUCUCCGCCUCAUCUCGCUGGAACUGGGAAUCCUCGAAGGAGACAUUGAAAAGGUCCUCAAGGCGACCGACUUCCAAUCCUACUGUCUGGCACAGACUUUUUCUCCAUCCCGUGGCUGGCUGAACUUUUUCUCCUAUGACCUCCAAGGCAACAUCAACGUGAAGCAAUUGGAAUAUGCCUGCCAUGCCCUGGUGCAACGGCACGAAAUUUUGCGUGCUCGUUUCGUUGCCCUCCAUGGCUGUAUCCAGCAAGUGAUUCCCCGAUAUCGAGCAGAACAUGUCCACUUCCAGGUACAUGAAGGGUUCAGUGAUAUGCAUGGUCUCGGUUCCUUGGCCAGUCUAGUUCACAAUGAUCCUGCCCCCUCCUUGAAUGAUGGUCUGGUCCGUUUCGUACUUCAUAUCGUCCACCCGGGCCAUAUUCGUCUCACGAUGCGGAUUUCUCAUGCCCAAUAUGACGGGCUCAGCAUGCCCAUCAUCCUCAAUGACCUGGACGCAUUAUACAACGGGAUUGCGUUGGCCCCUCCUGCCAGGUUCUCGGAGUACGUGGAGGAAAGCGAGCGGCUGCUUUCCCAGAACGAGCACGCCCAGCAGUUCUGGUGUCAACUGCUGCAAGGAUCACAAGUCACCCCCAUCGUGGUACGCAGCAAGCUCUCCUCGCACUCGUUACCGAAAGACUGUCCCCUGGAUCAGACCGCAAUGCGGACUAUUCGACUGUCACGGUCGACUUUCGACGCCUCCAUCACCCCGGCCACGAUCAUCAAGGCCGCCUGGGCACUCGUGCUCGGCCGUCUCUCGCAACAUCAGGACGUGGUCUUCGGCCAUUUGACCAGCACUCGGCCCAGCUUGGAUCAUCUGCACGCUAUUCAUGAGGUCGUCGGUCCCUGUCUCAAUGUGCUUCCUGUGCGCGUCCAGCUCCAGCCCACUACCGCACGAAGGGAGCUGCUGGAUGCGAUUCAACAGCAAUAUAUCGGCGCCCUCCCCCAUUCCAUGUUGGGCUUCCGCGAGAUCAUCGAUCACUGCACACAAUGGCCGCCAUGCACCCGGUUCAGCUCCAUCCUGCAAUACCAAAACCUGCACCAGGAUCUAGACCGUGUUCUCCUUGGCGGGGCUACAGGGAGUCUCGAAGCUUACGUACCUGCCUCUGACGCUGCCGACCUCUGGAUGAUGGUAACUCCAACGGACGAUUGUGGUGCAGAGCGACUGCAUGAGGUCAAACUGAGCUACAGCGCCGCAACGAUUCCUUCUUCCCUCGCAGAUCGCAUUCUCGACGAAUUUGACGAUGCAAUUUCGUUCUUCCAGGCGCCUCACGCCUCCGAUGACGGAAUCCGGUUACACACUUACUUCGACCAGACCGCGCCCGAGUUCCCACCCACCCUUCCGAUUGACAGGCAACUCGCGGAAACCGACUUGCCGCCCCGCGCCGCAAUUAUCGCCGCCGUCAAAGGCAUAUGGGAGCAGGUGUUCGGCCCGCAGGUCCAUCGCGAGGAUACCAAGGCGCGCAAGGAGGAGUGCCGGGCGAUGCUGCACACCCCCUUUGGGCCAGAUCCGGUGAGCGCCGCGCAGCUGUCGCUGCUCUUCCAACAGGCCGGGGUGGAGAUCUCGCCGGCAGAGGCGGCCGAGUAUCCGACCAUCUUCCAGCAGAGCUUGCUUUGGGGCUACAAGAUGCGAGAGGGAAGUCGCUGA